AUGAACAAUAAAGAAACUGAAGAGAUCAGAAAUAAACUAAAAGAUUAUAAACCACUCUUACCAGACACAAUUAUGAAUUAUUUUUUAGAGAAGAAUGGUGUAAAGACGAAUAAUAAAGAAGUUAAGAACUUAAUCAAUGCUAUGUCACAUAAGUUUCUAACAGACGUAGCUGUGAAUGCUAAACAAUUUAAUAAGAUAAGAAGAAAAGCUAGUGGGAAAGAUAUUAGAUUUUUAACUGAAAAGAAAACAACAUUAACAAUUGAAGACUUAGAAAAAGCUCUUAAAGAGAUGGGAAUUAAUGUAAGUAGACCUCACUAUUUUUCAUGA